AAUUUGAAUAUUAAAUUUUCUUGGUUUUCAUCUUCUGAAAUGUCAUAUUUAAAGUACUGCUGGCGUGAAACAAAACGGUGAAUAUAUUACGGGCACAGACAAGAAAGAAAAAAAUAUAAAGUGCUCACCACAGGAUCUGUCGGUUUGUGGUGACGGGAAAUUAACGAAUCCGACUGGUUCCGGAUAUCGGACUUGAUCUCCGGAUCCUCCAGGAUUCAGAUAUUGAGAAGUGAAAGAAUUGAGCGGAUUCAGGUCUGCGGAUCCCGUCGACAAUCCGAACUGCGGGAAUCACCGGAAUUAAAAGUAUCCUACAGGAAAUUCGAUAAUCGAGUCGAUUUUCUACAUUAUUGGGAAUUAUUUAUAGAAAAUCCUCAGAGAUUUUAUAUAUGGGCUUUUCGAAAAUCAAAAAGUCGGAUUAUUUUCUACUUUCUAGAAAAUCGGUGAGGAUUCUCUAGAUGAUGAGGAAGAACAAUUUGGGUGAGAAUGCUGAUAGUCAGAGACUUGCAAAGUGAAAAUGGCUGAAGAUAAACUUUUUCACUGUUAUUAAAAGCUAUUGAACUUCGAAGUUGAGUGGGGUGUAUUAUUUCAGCUUAUUGAAUAACAAUAUAGAUCGUUUAAUAAUGAAAACCAAAUUCGACAUCCUUCACGUGUUGAACGACUGUUAUUUUAUUUAAAAAAUAAAGAAAAUAAAUGUGAAUUGUUAGGAUCAUGUCUUUAGAUUAAUAGAACCAACUACAUUUUUGGAAGAUGCUAAAUUCAGACAUUAAAAUGAGGAAUAUUAGCAAGAGCGAAUCGCUUUGCGAUCUUCAGAAAGUUGAAGUUGAACUCGACUUUGUCUCACCCAGGCAAACCCAAGAACCUUUUCAGUCCCUCUUUGUGUAGACAGACGAUAGAAGCUUAAGUCUACUGGCUCUGCUAUCUCUGAUGUAACUUUACCUCAGAGGCUGCUAUAUUGCUAUAUAUAUCCACAGUUAACGGAUGGAUAUAGCAAUAAAUAUACUCAGAAAAGGGGUGGAUGAAUUGUUUUUCUAUUUGCUUAAAAUUUAAACUAAUCAAAGAUGCAAAAAAGAAUAAUAUCUGCAAGAUACAAUUACACAUGCAUAUGUAAUAACACAGACCAGACGACACGCGCUAAUCAUAAAAAAUAAUUGUUGAUUUAGGGGCUAGCAAAAAACGUCUUUGAAAAGGCUAGCGUUCAGUUUCUAAAAUGUGCUAUACUAUAGUCAACAUGUUUGUAUUGCGUUUAUCAUUAGGUUGAUUUUGGUCUUUUGCUGGUAAAAGAUAUUUUUCUGAUACGAUUGAGUGAACUAUGUUAUGAAUGAUAAGUUUUGAGAAUUUAACAGUAAAAAACAUUCAGUUGUAUUGCUUGGUCUGAACAAUUACAAUUUUGAGAAUUUUGUGACGAAUUGGUAACUGCAUGUUUGACGAAUCGGAAUCAUCUUUUUUUUCCUGUUUUUAAAUUUGUCAAUACAGCUGUCUUGGACGCAAAGCUUUAUGGCUAGGGGAAAACCAACAGAGAAGUGAAAAAUAAUUUUACAUUCAUUUGUUCAUGUUAACAAAUUUUGACACAAUUUUAUCUCUUUUUUUUUUGUUUUAUUUCCGAUUAUUAUAUAGACAAUCAAAUGGGUACAACAGAAUUUGAAACUCUUUUACAACUAUUCAGAAGUGCAUCUACUAUGAAUCAAAAUAGUGCAAAAAUUUCGUCUGAGGCUGCCGACGGAAUUCAAAAGGACUGGAUGAAUAAUUCAUUUUUCUAUCGUCAAAUAGGACAAGGAUUAUCUGCUGAUUUAGAUCUAACAACAUCGGAUGAUUUCAUAAUGCCAACGCCAGAAGAGGCACCUACCGACUCUAUCAUACAACCAUCACCACAAAAACUAGAUGUUAAGAAACAAGUCACGAAAACAUCAUUAGUUGAAAACAAUAACAAAAGAAAGCAACCAUUAGAUGAAGAAAUAAAUAAAACUGCUGAAUCAUCAUUUGAUGAAAAUGUGAAUCAAUCUCCUACUAAAGCACGUCAAAUCCGUUUAUAUACUUCCAUUCAAUAUCGUACAAUAAAUAAAUACUACCCAUUUAAAAUACAAUUUUUCACCGAUCAAAUUUCAUCCUUGGAUUUAGAACAACACAAAAUGGGCUUAAAAGUAUUUUAUGAUCAAAACGGACUUGUUGAAGAUAUUGAAGCGAAAAUGAAAAAAAAGACGGAAUUUGCUAAAGCAAUUAAACGUAUGAAUGGUCUGUUGUUAAAUGAACAUCGAUUAUUCAACGAAAAUGCUAAAGACUAUGCAAUGAAUAAAGCGAAAUUAGACUAUGAUUAUCAGAAAUAUUCUAUUAUGAGAUAUAUGCAGCAUUGGUUAGAAAAGAAGAUAACAAGAUUAAAAUCAUACCCGCAAUAUUAUCAAGAAUUUAUGAAAAUUCCACUCAAUUCAUAUGAGUUAAUGAAUCCAGUCAAUUUUGCAUUUAUUUCUAUAUUAAGAGUUGGCACAUUACCUUUACUAUUUGUACCUGAAAUUCUGAACGAAACGUUUUUUAAAUGCAGUGAUGAUAGAGAUAAAAUGGUUUCAAAACGAUUUUUAUCAACUGAUACGCCAACAAGAUUAACAAGUUUAAUGGAUGAUCCAAAUAUAUUAUUGAUAUUGGCUCAAAAACAUGUUGAUAUUGUUUUAUCAAAAUCUUCGUUUCAAGCGUUAAUUGAACUAUUUUCAACGACGGAUAUGAAAUCUAUUCAAAAUUCAUCAAGUUUAUUAUUUAAAAUUCGAGAAUUUCAGUUGAAAUCUGACACUGAUCUUCAAUCAACUACAACAAAUAAACAUAAAGUUUUAUUUUUUGAAAAACCCUUACCAGAAAAAUCUUAUUCAAAACGUCAAUUGAAUAUGAAAUAUUUCAAACGUUCAUUUCGAUCAUUUUUAAUGGGUACAACGCAAGAUAAACAACAACAUUUUAUUCCAUUUGAAUAUAUUACAACACCUAUGAAAGAACAUCAAUUAACUGAAUUUAAGAUUCCUGCUGAGCCCAAAAUAGUUAAUCUUCCACAAAAACUUAAUUUGGAUGAGGAAAUCGAAGAAGAAAAAGAAGAAUUAAUACCAGAAAACGAUGAGGAAGAAGACGAACCAACAUUGUUGAUAAGCACUGAUGGUGAUGUUGAACAGCAACAAAAAGAAUUCAAAAAAGAAAAACAGCGUAUUAUUAAAUCUAUUCCUGUUCUUAGCACCGAAUACGAACAACAAAGACAAGAGACAGGACCUGUUCCUGUAACAACUACUGUCCGUUUAACAGUUCCCCAAUCUCUGAAUUAUGAAUAUUCUUUAUGGCAAAUGGGCAAUUUAACUCUUCUCAUACGGACAACCUACCAUGGUUAUCUAAAAAAUGAUCAAGAACAGCAGUGUCAAACGUGUAUACCAAAAUUAGAAUAUCAACCACAAUUUGGUUAUGAACAAAUAACUGAUCAAGAAUACCGGAAACUUUGGACAGAAUCUUAUCUCCGAAAUGGAUGUCAUAUUUUACUUGGUCGAAUUAAUGUAUUCACUGAGCAAUUAUUGAAAAUUGAAAAGUUUUCCUAUCUUGAUAUUGAAAAACAUUUGAAAGAAUGUGAUAUCGAUAUGCUUAAACCAUUGAAAAUGAUUUACAGUUUAUUAUAUGGUUUAUAUAGUUUAGAACCAAAUUCGUAUAUUUUAUCAUGUCCAUGGAAUGAAAGUCAAAUAUAUUUAUAUAAUGCUACAAAAAAAUCAACAUCGGAUGAUUCAACGCUUUUAGAUCUCUAUUUAUCACCGGAAACGAAUAGCUUACUCAUCGAAAAUAAUCCCUCAAAACAAAUAUCGUGGCAACCGUUAACACCCACUUUAUUGAUGCCUUAUCAUAGAAAAUUUAAUCGUAUCCCGUUAACAUUUACUCCACGACACAGACGACUUUAUGAUAUCGAUUUUGAAGCUAUUCAUCAACAACAAACACAUCGACGAUUCGGUACAAAAUCAAAACGAUUGGCAAACACUACGAACAAUAAAAUUAAAAGUGUUAUUCAGAAGAAAAAACGAGUGAAUAUGGAUGAUUAUUCAACAAAAAUCAGAAUUGAGGCUGAAAGAUUAAUAAAAACAGAAUUUCCCGUAAAAGCAUUAGAAUUAGAUGCACUAGUUUCGAGUCAAUCAUUGUCAUUUUCCGAAGUUCCAAAAGUUCGUCAUGAAGCUCGUUUUCCGACUGUAGAUGAAUUAGUUACUCAUUUUUUACAAAAGAACACCAACACUACAAACAACAACAAUAGUGAUGUAAUCGAGGAUCGUAAACAUAAAAAUGUUAAAAAGCGAAAAAUCAAUGAUGAUCAAUCACCAAUAUCAUUUUCAUCCAAAGAAAUAGGAACAAGUGUAUUUUUAUUUCCCUGUGGUCUUAUUCCAUCGAACGGGAUUAUUCAAUUGUUAGAAGAUAAACUGAAACCGUAUAUAUUUCAUUUUCUCGAUAGUAUUGCAAUUAUAAAAUUGUGGAUACAAUUGUUAAUUCCAAAAGUUGAAGAUGGAAAUAAUUUUGGAGUAUCCAUUCAAGAAGAUUCUCUAACUGAAAUACGCACACUCGAGACGGAUGUCACUCAAUAUUUGGAUUUAACUUAUAAAUAUUUAGUUUCACGUGGUGAAUUAGUUAAGAAAGUCGCAAAAUAUCCACAUGUUGAAGAUUAUCGACGUUCGGUACAAAGUUUAGACGAAAAACAAUUUGUAUCAAUGAGAUUUAUUGCACUCGAAUUAAGAAAUCAUUAUGUACGUCCAUAA